AUGAGUGAUAAAAAAAAAAUAUUAUGUUUGUUCGACGUUGAUGGUACUUUAACGGAACCUCGUAAAAUAAUAUCUACGGAAAUGAAAGAUUUUUUAAUGAAUAAAGUUCGGUUAAAUGCUGAUAUUGCACUUGUAGGGGGUUCGGAUUUACAAAAAAUAUCAGAGCAAAUGGGGGGAUUCGAAGUUUUAUCUAAAAUUCCAUUUGUUUUUUCCGAAAAUGGAUUGGUAGCUCACAAAUAUGGAGUUGAAUUCAGUAAAAAAAUACAUUUUUUCGGUGAUAAAACCGAAAAGGGUGAAAAUGAUUAUGAAAUAUUUACAUGUUCCAAAGUUAUUGGACACAAAGUUACCUCGCCCAGCGACACAAUGGAACAGUUGAAAACAAUUUUAAAUAUUUCUUAA